ACCCGCAAAAAAUUAAAACCAUGUUCCAUUACAGAGAGAGCACAUGGUUUCUUUCCCUCUGUUCACUUUUGUUCUUUUUCAGACAAGUGUUAUCUGAAAACUUGCUUGCAUAACAAGAACUGUCUCUUCAACUACAUGAAAGGGUCCCGAAUCAAAACCUAUAUAAGACCCUGUCCGUGAGUGCAGAUCCACACUGCAGUAGAAAGCCACAUUUCUUUACAAACUUCUUAUCAAAAGUACUAUCGAUCAUUUGGGUGAUUACUAAAGCUGAAGAAUGAGCAGUGAGGGAGAGAUUGUGUUCACGGAGGAGCAAGAGGCUCUUGUGGUCAAGUCAUGGAGUGCCAUGAAGAAGAAUUCAGCCGAAUUGGGUCUUAAAUUCUUCUUGAAGUAAGCUCUAAUCCACAGUUGAUUAAAAGCGAUGGAAUUCUAAUCUGAGCAAAAUCCAAAGCUCAAGCCACAUGCCAUGUCUGUCUUUGUCAUGUGUUGUGAUUCAGCGGCACAACUGAGAAAAACAGGGAAAGUCACUGUAAAGGAGACAACUUUGAAGAGGCUUGGCGCGACUCAUUCAAGAUACGGUGUUGUCGAUGAACACUUUGAGGUAACAAAGUAUGCGUUGUUGGAGACGAUAAAAGAGGCGGUGCCGGAGAUGUGGUCUCCGGCGAUGAAGUCAGCAUGGGCUGAAGCAUAUGAUCAUCUUGUCUCUGCCAUUAAAGCUGAAAUGAAGCUUUCUCAGUAAUCAUUCACAAUCUGUUAUUACCAUAUCUGAAAAUUUCACUGUUUUGUUAUAAUUUGUGUUUGUGAUUUGAAUGUCGAGUUGAAUUUGUUGUAAUAUUUUGAAAAAAUAAAAAUUCUGUAACA